UAUAAACAUAGAAUAGAAGACAUCUAGAAAUAUGUCUAAUGAAAAUAAGUCUCCAAAAAAGGAGAAACAACCCUCAGUAUCCAUUAUACAACUAUUUCGAUUCUCAACCUUUGGAGAACGCAUUCUGAUUCUACUUGCUACCAUACUUUCCAUUGCUGUAGGAGCUAUACAGCCUUGUUCAAUCUUAAUAUAUGGAAGAUUUUUGGGAACACUUACAGGAUCGCUGUCAGAUAUCGAUUCGUUACUCGAUAUCACGGCUCCUGUGAUUCAUAUUAUGGCCUAUUUUGGUACUGCCGUUUUGGUUUCUGCCUAUGCAUCAAAUUGUUUGUGGAUUCUCACAGGUGAAAGUCAAACACGCAGAAUUAGAAUUAUGUAUCUUCAUUCAGUUUUACGCCAAGACAUGAGCUGGUUUGACAAGGCAGGAGAAGGCUCGCUUAAUACUCGACUAGCUACAGACACACAAUUGAUACAAGAUGGAAUCUCAGAAAAGUUUGGUUUGAUUAUCACUUUGGCUGCUCAGUUCAUUGCUGGUGUUGUUGUCGCAUUUGUACAAGGCUGGCGAUUAGCAAUCUUGAUAUUGGUUGUGUUACCCCUCAUGGCUAUAACAGUUGUUGUUAUGAGUCAUAACAUGAGAAAGUACAUCAGGUUGGCUCAAGCUUCAUAUGCAGAUGCCGGCUCUGUAGCAGAGCAAACAUUCAACGCUAUCCGAACAGUUUACUCCUUUUCAUUACAGCAGCGAAUGGUAAAUCUUUAUGAAGUUCAAUUGGAAAAGGCUCGAAAGAUGGGCAUAAAGCGUGGUAUAACCAUUGGUGCAGGUUUUGCUGCAUUCAUGUUUUUGUUUUUUGCAUCUUAUGCUUUAAUUCUUUGGUAUGGUGCCAGACUUGUCAGUCAAAGUCAAAUGACAGGCCCUACUGUCCUGGUUGUCUUUUUGUCUAUGAUGAUGGGAUGUAUGGCAUUCAUUCGUCUUCCAACAAAUUUGUCUGCUGUUUCAGGUGCCUGUGGUGCAGCUUUCAAAAUCUUUGAAAUCAUUGAUCGUGUGCCCAAUAUUGAUCCAGACUCAAACCAAGGUUUAAUCCCCGAUCAUGUCGAAGGCGCCUUAGAGUUCAAGAAUGUCAUGUUCAAGUACCCCACACGUCCGGAUGUAACCAUCUUGAAAGACCUUUCGCUAAAGGUGAAGCCCGGAAUGACUGUUGCCUUUGUUGGCGCCUCUGGAUCCGGAAAAUCUACUAGUAUCCAAUUAAUUCAGCGAUUUUAUGAUCCUUUAUCUGGUCAAGUUUCUCUGGAUGGACAUGAUCUCAAGACCUUAAACCUCAAAUGGUUACGUCAGCAAAUAGGUGUAGUCAGCCAAGAACCUGUCCUUUUCAACAUGACAAUUCGACAAAACUUGCUUAUGGGAGCCUCAGAAAAGAUCUCUAAUGAACAAAUUAUUGAAGCCUGUAAAGAAGCUAAUUGCCACUCUUUCAUCUCCCAGCUCCCUCAAGGGUACGAUACGAUUGUUGGUGAUUUCGGAAGCAUGCUCUCUGGCGGCCAAAAGCAAAGAAUUGCCAUUGCUCGUGCCAUUUUGAAAAACCCUACCAUUCUUUUACUUGAUGAGGCUACCUCUGCGUUAGAUACUCAAUCAGAACGUCUUGUUCAAAAUGCCUUGGAUAGAGCUGCUGCUAAAAGAACUACAGUAGUUGUUGCCCAUCGUCUUUCAACCAUUCGUAAUGCGGACCUUAUUGUGGUUAUGGAUCAUGGAGAAAUUGCCGAGCAAGGAACACACGAAGAAUUGAUCGCAAAGAACGGCCCCUAUGCCGACUUGGUACGAAAACAAACGAUUGAUACCAAGAGAGAAGGCAGUGAUGACGACGAUACUGAUAAUACAGAGACUGAGGAACAACUUGAACAAGAAGAAAUGAAUACUCUCCGAAAGAAAAUUACCCGAGAAAUGAGCCGUCGUUCUGGACAUGAACUAACAAAAGUGCUGUCCGUAAAUGAAAAGACACUUGAUGACUCUCCAGAGGAACUCGAUGCAUAUGAACUUAAGCUUAAAAAGGAAAAAGAAGAAAAGAAAAUGAUGAAGAAACAAAAGGCUCCUACCUGGAAAGUAGUUCGUGACAUGCGCCAGGAAUAUAUGUGGAUCUUUAUCGGAACUGUCACCUCUGUUAUUGCUGGCUGCGUUUUCCCCGUCUAUGGUUUCUUGUUCUCAAAGAUUAUCGUCCUUAUCUCUGUCCCUGGUACCGUGAUCGAACAAGGACCUAUGCAAGGUGUAAACUUGUAUGCAUUUAUCUUUUUAAUCAUUGGUAUACUCGCAUUCUUUGGCUUUGGUGGUCAAAAUUGGGCAUUUGAGGUUGCCGGCGAAAAUUACACAAAGCGAUUACGUCUCAAGGUGUUUGCUGCUUAUUUACGUCAAGAAGUUGGCUUUUUUGAUGAAGAAGAUAAUAAUACUGGUUCUUUGAUUUCUACACUAGCUGUCGAUGCAAAGAAUGUAAACGAAUUGGUGACUAGAGUCUGGGGUGACGUCGUUGCUAUGUUUUCUACCAUCAUUUUUGGUCUUAUCGUUGCUAUGGUUCAUAGUUGGGCUCUAACACUGAUCAUCCUCUGCUUUUCACCCAUUAUCAUAGCUACCACUGCAUAUGAACGUCAAGUUCAAAGAGGAUUCGAAGACAAUACCAAGACGGCCAAUGCUCAAAGUGGUAAAGUUGCUGGCGAAGCUAUUCGUGAAGUCCGAACAGUUGCAUCUCUCAACAAACAAGAUUAUUUUGAACAGAGAUACAUACAUGCUACCGAAAGACCUCAUCGACUAGCUCUAAAGAAAGCCUAUCUAUCCUCCAUUGCAUACUCGUUAAAUAAGGGCGUCAACAUCUAUACUAGCUGUGUUGCAUUCUAUGCAGGUGUGCGUCUUAUCAUGGAUCGAAUGAUUGACUUUCCUCAAAUGUUUACGAGUAUGACUGUCAUCAUGACAACAGCUGAAAGUGCUGGACGUAGUUCAACCUUUGUUUCAACGUUUGCAAAAGCUAAGUUCUCAGCUAUUGCUUCAUUUAGUAUCAUUGAACGUCAACCCAAGAUUGACCCUGAUCUUGAAGGUAUCGAGCCAAAGGUUGGUAGCCUGAAUGGAGAUAUUGGGUUCGAAAACAUCAAGUUCCGUUACCCUGCACGUCCUAAACAAGCCAUUUUUGAUGGUGAAUUCAAUUUGAAAGGUAAAGCGAACCAAACGAUUGCUCUUGUUGGACCUUCUGGUUGCGGUAAAUCAACAACCAUUGGAAUGCUUCAGCGCUGGUAUGAUCCUUUAGAAGGAAAAGUCUCACUCGAUAACCAAGACGUAAAAUCCUACUCUUUACACAACCUUCGAAGUCACAUGGCGCUCGUUAGUCAAGAACCCUCAUUAUUUGAUAUGACUAUUGAAGAAAAUCUCCGUUUUGGUAUCGUUGAUGGUAUAGAAGUUAGUCAACAAGAAAUUGAAGAGGCCUGUAAGGCUGCAAAUAUCCAUGAAUUCAUCAUUAGCCUCCCUGAUGGUUAUAAAACUCGUGUUGGUGACAAAGGGUCACAGCUCUCGGGUGGCCAAAAGCAAAGAAUUGCUAUUGCUCGUGCACUACUUCGUAAGCCUAGAGUUUUACUACUGGAUGAAGCCACAUCUGCUUUGGAUAGUGAUUCUGAAAAGGCAGUACAGAAGGCUAUUGAUACUAUUCUGGAUCAAGGAGGACGAACAACGAUUACGAUUGCUCACCGUUUAUCUACUAUUCAGAACGCUGAUCUCAUUUGUGUAAUUAAAAAUGGUAAAGUCGUUGAACAAGGCUCCCAUUGGGAGCUAUUGCAUCUGGAUGGUGUAUAUGCUGGAUUGGUGAAAGAACAGUCUCUUACAGUUUUAUAAUUCAAUGUUCUCCCUUUAAUAUUAUUUGUAACUAUUUCUUUUGAAUAUAAAUGUAGAUAUAUAAAUAAACUUAUAGAUUAACC